CGUUGGCCAAGCGAAGCGACGGGAGAUGUGCGGGUUUAGCACUCUGUUGAAUUAAAUACGUCAUCUCUCAAUCUAAAACAAUAUUCUGAUUUCAUUCGUGAUUAAAAAACAAUACUAAAACAGCAUUAUGCCGGCGGCAAGGGGCGUUAAACGGACAGCGUCCAAAUCAUCGGCCGCAACAACGUCCACGGCGGCACCUAAAAACAAGAAAAAACGCGGAGCAACUCAGUUGGAAGUACCGACUGCACCUAAAAAGAGGGGUCGUGUGUUUGCUUGUGGACAAGGAGAUGUCGGACAACUUGGUCUAGGGGAAGAUGUUGUUGAGACUUCCAAGUUCAAACAAGUCACCGCUUUGGGUGACAAAAUUGUUGAUUGCUACGCGGGUGGUAUGCACACCAUUGCACUGGACAGUGAUGGCAAGGUAUGGACAUUUGGGUGCAACGAUGAAGGUGCCUUGGGCAGGCCUACGUCCGGAGAGAAGGACGAGGGUACUCCCCGUACCGUAGCCCUACCGUCUAAAGCGGUCGCCAUAUCGGCCGGGGACUCCCAUUCGGCAGCCCUACUGGACAACGGGGAAGUGUACGCUUGGGGAUCUUUCAGGGAUUCCCACGGCAGCAUGGGUCUCGUAGUUCGCGGUAGGGAAGGGAAAGCUUGCCGCGAGCCGGUGCGAGUGACAUUGCCCGAAAACGCUACGGAAAUCGCAUCGGGCGGGGAUCACCUCGUCGUAUUAUCUACAUCGGGUGCAAUAUACACGAUGGGUUGCGGUGAACAAGGACAGUUGGGACGGUUGUCCCAGAGAUCGGCUUCCAGGGACGCGAGACAGGGAUUCAGUGCCCUUCUGACCCCUGGCAAGGUGACAUUAAAAGGUGGUGCUUCCCGAAUAUGGGCCGGAUACCACGCAACAUUCGCAAUGCAUACCAAUGAGAAAAUGUACGCUUGGGGGCUCAACAACUACGGACAACUCGGUAUAACAGGCGAGAACCGCAAAACAGCAUUAUUCACCCCGAUGGAAUGCUCGGCUUUCUCCUCAAACACAACUUGGACUCGGGUGGCUUGCGGACAACACCAUUCCCUCGCUUUAGACUCACAAGGACAAGUGUACGCUAUAGGUCGCUGCGAAUAUGGCAGGUUAGGCUUAGGCGAUCGCGCGGGCGACGCAGAGAUCCUGGAGCCGAUCCCUAAACUGCAGAACCAACGCUGCGUCAGCAUCGCCGCGGGGACCAGCAAUUCCUUCGCUGUCACUUCCACCGGGGAGGUGCUAUCGUGGGGCAUGGGCAGCGAGGGCCAGCUGGGCACCGGGACCAGUGCGGACGCCCCCUCCCCCACCACCGCGCCCGCCCCACCCGCGCGACACGUGUCCGCCGGGGGACAACAUGCGCUUGUAUUGACCGAUGACCCAGCAUUACAGAAGGAAGACUCGCCAGCACCAGAACAGGAGACGGCCGAUGAAAAAGCUGACGAAGAGAAAGAAGAAGAGGAACCACAGGUGCCUGAAAAAAAGAAGCCCCGAGGCACCAAGAGGCAGAAGAAACAAGAGCAAGAGGACGAAGUGUCUUCUACCUCAAGCGCUGCUCCACACUCCACUGACGAAGCUAAACCACAGAAGGUGAAUGGUGACGAGAAAAAAGAAUCGGCCAUGGAAGUAGAUGAAACUGACAAAGCGCCAGAAACAGAAAAGAAAGAAGAGACACCCACAGAAGAACAAAAGGAUAUCACAGAACCGGAGAAAGUCGAAAUGGAGACCGAAUCCAAAGAGGAAUCCAAACCGGAGACAACAGACACUUCGAGCCAAGAGACCACGGACAGCGACACCAAGUCCCAAGAGACCGAGAAGAGCGAAGACAAAUCCAACGAUGUGGAAAUGGCAGAGGAAAAGCCUGAAGUGAACGGUGAACCUGAGACGGUGGAGACGAAGACCGUUGAAGGCAUUCUACCGACCACUACGCCUUUGACGACCACAGCGUGAUGGUGAGUUUCUUUAAUGUAAGUAAAAGUAAAAUCUGAA